CAUGCACGUACAGCAUAAACUAUGCAGCUGGUUCAGUUAUAAGAGUUGCUGAUUGACCUUUGAUCCUUAAUCACUGCCUCCAAUGAUGGUAAAAAGCAAGAUUGCCCUUGCUGCUAAGAGAUCCAUCAUACCAGUGAUCCUAGUUCUGUUACUACUUGGAAGUGUUGGUAUACUAAUAGUUCCCAUUAUACUCUACUUCACAGAGAGACAUAGCAAAAGAACUAAUUUGAUAAACACUGGACCAAGCACCAGUGCUUUAAACUGCAGUGAAGACUUUUACUACAAUGCUGAAUUUGGAGUCUGUUAUCCCAUUUGCAGUCGAUGGAGUCAUUAUAGUAAUAAAAAUGCUUUGUUACUGCUCUCAGGAUUGGUAGCUGGGUUCGAUUUAAUCAUUUCCUCUAUAACUUUUAUCAUUGCUGGAUUUCGUUACAAAAUAAUAUGCAAGUUCCCAACUGUAUUUGUUCUCUAUGCUGCAAUUACAUACUGCUUUGAAGAUAUCAUAUUUUACAUUUCAUCUGUUGCCAAUGAGCAGUUAUUCUGCAAUUCUGAAGACGACCUUUUCUCUACUCUUAAUGAAUCAACAACCUUUUGUACUAUAUCUGGUAAGUAUUGA